GCAAAUAAAUAAACAGCAGCAACUAUACGAAAUGACAAGUUUAGUAUUAAAAGUGCAUAGAGAUUAUCAACAACUUAAAUUAAUUUUAAUUAAAAUGUCUACAACAAACAAUAAUCAAUUAAUUAAUCAAACCGUGGUCACAGCUAUGGGAGCUCAUAUUUUGCCAUCAAUAUCCCAUUCAUCAUACGAUCUCAAAUUGCAAUUUAAUGAAAAUGGUUCUGCUACUCCCGAUCAGCAGUUAAAAUUCGAAAUUGAGAAAAAGGUAAAGAAUAAAGAAUUCUUUUAUGGCAUAGAAAUCUUGGCGAGAAAUCAUCAUGCCAAUACUUUACUGGAUUAUAAAGCAUUUGGUUCUAUUAUGCCUUUAUUUACCUCCAUAGUUUGGUUAAGUUCUGAUUACUGGGCCGUAGAGAAUAUCGAAGAAGUAGAAUCAAUAAAAUUGGCGCGUAAAUUACAGCCACAUGGUAUAGUGUUGCCACAUUUCUCUUGUUAUCGUUUGCAAGAGCCGAGAUUAAAAGAAUUUUUAAAUUUAAAUUUUUCCAAUGUUUUGGCCAUACGUGGUGAUUUUUUCGAACCAAAUCAAUCGUAUAAAUAUUCGGAGGAAUUAGUGGCUAAUAUACGUAAAUUGAAAGGAGAUUCUAUAACAAUUGGAGUUGGUGGUUAUCCAGAAGGUCAUCCGGAAUGUCUUUCAUUAGAAGAUGAUUUAAAUAAUUUGGCGAAAAAAGUUCAAGCCGGUGCUGAUUUCAUAAUAACACAAAUUUGUUUCUCUCCACAAGCGAUAAUUGAUUUUGUUAAAAAUUGUCGUUCGAAAGCUAUAAAUGUACCCAUAUUAGUUGGUAUCUUUGCACCCGAUAAUUUACGUAUGCUGGAGGCUAUAUUACGUAUUACCAAGAUCAAAAUGCCUGCAGCAGAAUUAGAAGAAUAUCGGCAACAGAAUGAAUUGGGUCAUAUAAAUUUCAGAGAUUAUGCCGUUAAUAAAGCGGUACAAAUGAUAGAAGCGAUAUUUGCCAGUGAUGCAGAUGUUUAUGGUUUGCAAUUUUUUACCAUGAAUAAAUUUAAGAAUAUACCAAAAGUUUUGAGUGCUUUAGAGAAAAAUAAAAAUUUAAUAAAGAAAAGAUGAGAAAUAU